GCGCAUUUCGAGUUCCUCAAUCCCUUUUGAGCCACCUGCUUUCUUCAGCGCAAAGUCCGACUCUCGGCUGUUCUUCGUAGGGUGCUCUGUGCGGCGGGUACGCUGGUGGAGAAGACGAUGAGGGCUUUCCAGGUCCUCCAGACAUGCCUACGAGCAAGACCGACUCAGCUAAGGUCUUCCGUUGCUCGGCCGUGGUCUUAUACUCCUCGACGGAAUGCGACAGCAGCAGCUGCGUUGAAGCCUACCGAAGCGGAGGAACCAUCUGCUGCGGCUGCAUACCCGCUCUCUGAAGCAGACUUAACACGUCUCAAGUUCCAGCGGAAUAUUGGCGUGUCCGCCCACAUAGACUCUGGCAAGACUACUCUUACAGAACGAAUAUUGUAUUAUACUGGACGCAUCAGAGAUAUUCACGAGGUUAGAGGCCGCGACAAUGUCGGAGCGAAGAUGGACAGCAUGGAACUUGAGAGGGAGAAGGGUAUCACCAUCCAGAGUGCCGCUACGUUCUGCGACUGGGUCGCCAGCAUGCCCGCUACUGGGGAAAAAGAGAAGUACGCUAUUAACAUUAUUGAUACUCCCGGUCACGUCGACUUCACAAUCGAGGUCGAGCGUGCCCUGCGAGUUCUUGAUGGUGCAAUCCUCGUUCUAUGUGCGGUUUCUGGUGUCCAGAGUCAAACGACGACGGUCGAUCGGCAAAUGAGACGGUAUGACGUCCCUCGGAUUUCGUUUAUUAACAAGAUGGAUAGGGCCGGCGCCAAUCCAUGGCGUGUUAUUGACCAGAUUCGGACAAAGCUGAGGAUUUCCGCAGCUGCUGUACAAGUCCCUAUCGGCGUCGAAGACGGGCUCAAGGGUGUCAUCGACUUGGUGCGUUGGAAAGCCGUCUAUAAUGAGGGCGAGAAGGGCAACAAUAUCGUAGAGUCGGACGAGAUUCCCGAGUCGGUGCUGGAGCUGGCGAAGGCAAAACGGCGUGAGCUUGUCGAGCAGCUCGCCGAGGUCGAUGACGAGAUCGGCGAGAUGCUGAUCAUGGACGAAGACCCUAACACGCAGCAGCUCGCCGAGGCCAUCCGCCGUGCCACAGUUGGACUCAAGUUUUCGCCGGUGUUCAUGGGUUCGGCCGUCAAGAACAUGUCCGUGCAGCCGCUGCUUGAUGGUGUAUGCGCUUACCUGCCGACACCUUCGGAGUCUUCUGUCGUCGCACAUGAUACGUCGCUGCCGGCAGAUGCUCCGCCUGUUCCUCUCGUUCCUGCUGCGAGAGCGCCCUUGGUCGCGCUUGCCUUCAAGCUGGAGGAGGGUCGCUUCGGACAGUUGACGUACAUGCGGGUGUACCAGGGCAGCAUGCGCAAGGGACAGUUCAUCUUCCACGCUCGCACGGGGAAAAAGGUCAAGGUUCCCCGCUUGGUGCGCAUGCACAGUAACGAGAUGGAGGAUAUCGAAGAAAUCGGCCCCGGUGAAAUAUGUGCUAUUUUUGGUGUCGACUGUGCGUCUGGUGAUACAUUCACCGAUGGGACGUCGAGCUAUUCCAUGUCGUCCAUGUUCGUGCCAGAGCCCGUCAUUUCUCUAUCCAUCAAGCCAUUGGGCCAAGAGACACCGAAUUUUUCUCGUGCCUUGAAUCGCUUCCAGAAGGAGGAUCCUACGUUCCGCGUUCACAUCGACAAGGAGAGCAAAGAGACCAUUAUUUCCGGCAUGGGCGAGCUUCAUCUCGAAAUCUACGUGGAGCGCAUGAAGCGUGAGUACAACGUUGAAUGUGCCACCGGCAAGCCCCGUGUGGCUUUCCGCGAGAUGCCCACUCAGCGCUCGGAUUUCUUCUACACCCACAAGAAGCAGACCGGCGGUGCCGGCCAAUACGCACGCGUUAUUGGCUACGUCGAGCAUAUGGAAGCCGAUCCAACGACGGGCAAGGACGUCGCCUUCGAGAACCUCGUCAUGGGAGGAAACAUCCCCGCCGGCUACAUCCCGGCUUGUGAGAAGGGCUUCUAUGAAGCGUUGGAAAAGGGAAGUUUGUCUGGGAACGCCGUGUGCAACUGUCGUUUCGUGCUCCAGGACGGUCUGGCCCAUGCCGUCGACUCCUCUGAACUCGCGUUUCGAGUGGCCGCUAUUGGCGCGUUCCGCGAAGUCUAUUCGAAACUGAAGCCCGUCAUCCUCGAGCCGAUCAUGAAGGUCGAGGUCGUCGCCCCUGCCGAGUUCCAGAGCGCCGUGAUAGGUGGGCUGAACCAGCGGCGAGGUACGAUUAUCGACAGCGAGGUGCGGGAUGACGAGUUCACCGCGAUCGCCGAGGUCGCUCUCAACGAUAUGUUCGGCUACUCGAGUCAUCUUCGCGGCAUCACGCAAGGCAAAGGUGAAUUCAGCAUGGAGUACAAGAACCAUAUGCCGGUGCUGCCGAACGUGCAGAAGGAGAUGGAAGAGGCCUACAGGAAGACCCUGCCGCAGGCUAAAAAGUAGAUGGAUGUCAUACAAGUAUUGCUAUAAUAUAGAUCGUGCUUUCGUUGUUGUCUCACGGCAUCUCCCACACUCUGCUCUAUACAUACGUAUUCGUUCCCUCACGCUCGGUAUACGAUGGCUCGUCGAGGAUAUGCCGGUUGAGGCGAUGCAUGAUGAUGUGCAGUGUCGUAGGCGUUCUGGUGUUGCCUUCAGUGGCAAUGCGUCGGACGAGGCAGUGGCUUAGACUAUUCGCUGGUCCGACGUUGGGCUUGUGCAGUUGGAGUGGUUGUAGUUUCAUCUGAUGCAUUCUUUUC